AUGAUUCUAUUGCAGAGUCUUAACGGGUGGAAAACCAAAGUUGAAGAACUCCGUGAUGGAGUGAAUAGCGACUUGGAAACAAUACCGCAACAGGAAGAGCUGCAGCAUGGGCUGAGACCGGUCCGCAAGGAGCCCCAGAAUUUCUUGCCAGUGAUAGGUGAAGCGGGAGCGCAGCAGUUGAGUAAGAAAAGAUGUUCUCUGGUAUACUAUGGAGCUGACUUGGAGAACAAGCCCGUUGGCAAUGGUGACCAGAUCAGAGUCUGGCGGGACAAUUGGCUGCUUGGAGAUCCUCAACCAACGCCAACAGGUCCUGGUAGGUUCUUUUAUCCUAAUCUUAAGGUUAAGGACUUGUUCUUCCCUGGGGCAUUCUCAUGGAAUCAACCUCUGUUGAAUCAAUUAUUUCAACCUGAGGAUGCUCUGAGAAUAUUGCGCCUUCGCCCAAGCAUAACGGGAACCCAAGACUUGUUGUAUUGGAAACUCAGUAAAACAGGAUCAUACACAGUUAGGUCAGGCUACUAUGUGCAAAGGGCGUUGGACAAUGAAAAUGCUCAGCAAACUCAUGUCAUUUCCUCUCCUUCUGUGCAACUACGAAAUCAGCUCAUACAGAAAAUUUGGACACUGAAAUUACCACCUAAACUCAAAAUUUUCUGGUGGAAGGUGCUCCACAAUGGCUUGCCAGUUGCAUUGAAUCUACAUAGAAGGGGCUGCAGGGUUAUUCCUGAGUGUCAGCUCUGUGGAGAAGGUAUGGAAACAAUACCUCAUUUUCUGUAUGAAUGUCGAGUAUCUAGAGAAAUCUGGCAGUUAGCUUACCCUGACCUUUCCCGGAGCCUAGAACCUCAUACUAAUCUCUUGAUGUUUGUCCACAAAAUUGUAAAUGAGGAUACAAGAGAUUUACCAAGUAAUCUAGCUUGGUUUAUAGGGUGGAGGAUAUGGAAGAUGCGGAAUAGGUUAUUAUUUGAUAAUAACCGGGAACAUAUCGUACAGGUCAUUAAAGGAUCUUUCAUGGAUUUGAACUUGUGGAAGGAGGCUAUAUACUAUAAUGAGCCUGACUUCCCAACUCAGGUUAAAGAUCAUCGACCACACUCCAUCAUUGAUGUCCUCCCGCAAGAAUCAAUGCUAUAUUGCAUUGCUGAUGCCUCUUGGAAGUCUGAACAUGAAGCUGCAGGCAUAGGGUGGUCCUUAUACAGUCGACAAGGCACUUUCAUUAUGCAAGGAAGCUCAGCAAUUGCAUCAACAAAUUCAGCCUUUGAAGCCGAGGCAGUGGCAACUUUGCUAGCUGUUCAACAAUUACAUAGACUGCACUACAAGAAUGUUAUAUUUCUAGGUGACAACGCUCGGUUGGUUAAAAGCUUGGAGCCUACUCGAGGACGUCCCUAG